UGAUGUUUCCAGGUGGACGCCAGAAAAAUCCCACUCAGGAAUCAGUGAAGUCACGAGACACGCAGAGCCGGAGCUCGCGGGAACGCGUGUGUGUUGUCCCGCAGCAGAAGUGGUACAGCCCACGCGGGUCGGUCGCUAUGGAGAGCAGCUCUCUGUGAGCGCGAGGCAGACCAGAGAGAGAGCAGGGACGAGCCCGGAGCACGGAGCCGAAAGUGCCGAGGCGCACGCACACACGCCGAUUAUGGAGGAAAAACCCGCACAGGGGGCUCGUUUGCCUUUAAACAGACCCGGAGUUUUGACUUUUGUUCUCGUCCUUUGCGGACUAACCGGUGUGAGCAGUAACCAGGUGGCGGUUCAAAGAAAUGUGAAUGCAGUCCUGGGGAAGAGCAUCACGCUUAGCUGCAUAAUCGAAGUGGGCUCCAACCUCAGCCUCACACAGAGCUCCUGGGAGCGUAAUCUUCCGUCAGGCACUAUUACCCUGGCAGUGUUCAAUCCGGUGUUUGGGACCUCUUACUCUCCAGAUUACGGCAAGCGCAUCUCAUUUGUAUCACCUUCACCACGAGAUGCCACCAUCACCCUUGAAGAUGUGGAUUUUGCAGACAUUGGGACCUACACCUGUAAAGUGGCAACUUUUCCUCUGGGCAAUACACAAGCAUCAACUUAUGUCGAUGUAUUAGUGGAGCCAAAAGUGUACGUGUCUGCUGGUCCAACGGUUCUGCUGGAGGGAGGGAACGAAUCCCUGGUGGCCACCUGCAUAGCUGAGCGUGGCCGUCCCGCGGCCGAGGUUUCCUGGGAGUCGGACCUGUCUGGACAGUCGGUGACCCAAACUCAGGACGAAGCCAACGGCAUCACCUCUGUGCUCGUGCGCUACAUGUGGCGGCCACAGAGCUACGCCCAGGGGAAGACGCUCACCUGCGUGGUGCGCCACCCAACCCUGCAAACAGAGUUCAAAACACCCUACACGUUAAAUGUUCAGUUUGCACCAAAUGUAUCAGUUGAAGGAAAGGACAGAAGUUGGUAUGUGGGCCAAAAAAAUGUGAAAUUCACGUGUGAUGCCAAGGCGAACCCGCCCGCCCAACACUUCUCCUGGAUCAGGUUGGAUGGACCCAUGCCUGAAGGCGUUGAGAUCUCCAAUAAUAUUCUUGCCUUCACUCGGCCCCUGAAGCGCAACGACUCUGCCAUCUUUCGCUGUGAGGUGACGAAUAAAAUCGGCCUCCGCGGUGAGGACGUGAAGUUCUGGGUACAAGAUCCUCCCCCCACCACUGCAGCGCCCAGCACCACCGCUUUCCUCCGCCACGACACCUCCAGGACCGGCACUGCAGUGGACAAGCAGCGAGCCCCGUUCACCUCCCCCACCCUGGCCUCCAUCCACGAGAACAGCCUCGGUACUAUAGUUGGCGGGGCCGUGGGUGGAGUUCUGUUCUUGGUUCUUUUGCUAAUCCUGGGGGGCGCCUGUUUCAUGCGCCAGCGGAGAACCUUCAGAGGAGACUACUACACCAAGCAGUACCUGGGACCCUCUGACAUGCAGAAGGAGUCUCAGCUGGACGUCCUUCAGCCGCACGAGCUGCAGGAGGUCUAUGGCGACAAAACGAGCAAAGGCAGCCAGGAACUGAAACCCAAACUGGGCGGGGACAUUAUUUACCCGGACUACACCCCGGAGCAGAAAGAUACGGACGACUGGGCCAACAGGGGGGACGGCCACGUGGGCAUUAAGGAGGACAACUACUACGCAAAUCACUACACCACCCAAAACAUGCACCCGUGCGGGCCUCCUGUGCACAGCCCCAUUGUGAACAACGGCUCCCCCUACAUUCCGGAGGACUGCUAUGACAACGGUACAGACAGCGACUACGUGUCCCACAUGGACGGAUCUGUGAUUUCACGCAGAGAGUGGUACGUUUGAGGAAAGAUCAUUUGUGGAAAACCUGGACAAGUGACUGAGGAGACAUUUGUGAUUUCAGUCGAAGAAUAAAUGAAAUCUCAGCUUUUUUUUUGUUUUUUUUCCCACAGUGAGAUCUUUGAACAACACUGUUCUGCCUCGAUUGUAACCACUCAACCUUAAGGACGCGUUCUUGGAUCGUAUUCUGCUUUCUGUAGCGUUUCAAAGAGCUACAAACGAGUCGGAAUGCCCAUGUUUGCUUUAGCGUACGCCUGUGUUUCCACUGAUGCGUAAGGGGGUUUACUGCUUGUUUGUGUUUGCGCCUGUUGUUUUUCAGAGGUCACAGGUCAGGUGUUCCCACUCUUGUUAGUAAAGUAUUUAUACCCCUGACUAAUCAAGCUCUCCUCCCACAACUUCAGUGACAUUUGAGAAGCUCUGCCGCUGCAGCAGCCAGUAUUUCAACCAAAAUGUAUGCAUUUACCUGUAUUUUUUCCACAUAAAAACUAUGGUUUAGCAAAAGGGAAGUCUCAAGAACUAAAGGGAGAACUGGUAGAGCUUUGUACUAAGGGAUGCUUGAGUUUUUGAUAAACACUACCCUGGAUUCUCUCCAUGGAUUAUGCAACACAUCAUACCUCCUGGAGCCUAUUUUGUGGUCAAAUGGAGACGACACUUCUGUUGAUGAUCUCUUCAAUUCAAUGUCUUCCAAAAUGUGUCCAAAGUUGUCAACACCCCAUAGUUGCCAUGGCUACAGUGAUGAGCUGUCGACUCGGACAGUUGUUUUUGUCGCACACAAAACUCAGGUAGCUUUUGUAAGUGAUAUUUUGGAUAAAUGUCUGCAAUCAGAAAAUAUGCUGCCUAAGGUUUCCACACAUCUUGAAGAUUUGUUUUAUGUUGCUAAGUUUGAAAUGUAGCUGUGAAAAAAAAAAAAAAAAAAAACAUGAUCGCCAGUGUUGGUGAAUCGAUGAUGCUCCUUCACGCUUAGUCUUCCUCCAACGCUCUUUGGCCUUUGAAGAUCUUCACGGAUCAAACUCCAGAGUGUUCAUAUACCACUGACUACACCACCACACCAGUUCAGUGAUGCUUUUGGAUGUGGCUUAAAAUAAGAGCAGUUAGGCGUUUCCCUUGCAGCCCUCGCAGCGGGAGCACACUGCUUUCCUUUUUAAACAUUGCCAUCAAAGAGUUCAGCCUGACGGUGGUCACUCACAACCGACCAAACAAGCAAAUAUCAUCUCAUAGGAGCCGUUUCGAACCAGUAACUUUUGCAGCUCAAAGCUCUGUUAUCACAGUUGUUGGUAAUUAUUACAUUAAGCCUUAACAUCAGGCUGCAUCACAGUUUUUUCCGUUCGUCCUUGUGCUCAGAUUUCUGUCUCUAAAACUAACACCAAUUGGUCAUUAUAGGUUUUUAUGAUGCAAGAUCAAAGCGGCGUGUUAUAAAUACCAGAUGGAGCCAGGACGGCUGUCAUCGUCGGACGUUACGUGGUCCCACAAACCACCGACGGUUUCAGCGCUCCCGCUCAACGCCCCCGCUGUCGCAGUUUAUGAUCACAAUUAACCAACGGAAAACUAACUGAUGCCUCCGUUUUAGCGUGUUUGAAGUAUGAUAUUCUGUUGAUUUGGAAACUGUGAGCAGCUGACCUCACUACCGAACCAGCUGAAAUGGAAGGGUUUGGCUUUCCUGAGCAUACAGCAAUCAUGGAAAGAAAGAAAGAAACUCGAUCCAUACUCUGAAGUGUCUGUGACGGCUCCCCAAAGGCUGAAGGCAGCACAUCCACAGGAAUAAAGUUGAAACAGAGGAGCUGACAUCACAAAUAAAAUUGAUUUUUGGCCUUCAGAAAUGACACAUAGAUCAAAAGGACUUUUGCCAGAAAAGUAAGAAAAAAACUUUUUUUUUUUUUAGUCGGUGAGGGUGUUUGCUGCCAGAAAAAACACUUUGUGUUUUAGUCAGAUCACAGCAGCAUGUCGGCUAAACUUGGAGAUCUCCGUUCUUAUUGGGGGUUUUAUAGAUUUUGGGUGCGCUCCUCCACCCUUAUUUUCUCAUGCCAGGGCUAUGGUGGAAGAUUUAAAAGUCUUAGAAUAAACUGCUUUAAUCUCUUUAAGUUGCUCUCGCCCUCAGCGCCUCUCUCUCUCACACACACACACACACACCACACAUCUGCAGCUGCUGCCCACAUUCAAAGAGCAGUCCUCACCUCAAAUCCUCAGCUUUUUAAUCAACUUUUACAUCCUUUCCUCAUAGUGCUUUGGCAGCGGUGCUCCUACUCCAUGAUAUAUGACACAUCUGUGUCUGUGUGCACUUUUAUUUAUUUGUUGUUAUGCUGUCGGCUUGUUUGCUAAAACUUGUUUCGCGCUAACCGGUGCCUCUGCUCCGAACUCAAGUGAUCUUGUCAACAGCCUCAUCGUUCACUUUGAAAACAAAACCAGCAGAGGUGUUGAACAUUUUUGUACAGCGUCGUCCUUUUUGCAUAUUUGAAUUUUCUGCUGCAGGCAAUUUUUCCUCCUUAUUUUUCUCUCACCAGUGUUUGUACACAUGUAAAUAUUACCCAAUAGGAUUAUGGGAGAAGGAGCUGCUCUCCUCUAAUGUUCUUGUACAGUUUUCUUUUUUUUUUUUCUUUUUUUCGGGUCUUCCCUACUGAAUAGCUGGUGCCUUAAUGGGCUGAGCAAUGCACAGACUCUAAAACCUGACAGUACCGAAGCAUUAAUGUAAUGGAUGAUCAUUACAAAGAAAUACGUAUGUCUUCCUUAUUUAAGAUUUGUUGUUGUUGUGAAAGCAUCAAAACAGACUAAAGGUUGAUUAUCAAGCUUUAUACAUUUUGAAAGGACACGUGUAACAAGUUGGUUACUGAGAGAAGCCGUUUCUUUGCAGAUUUUGUCAAGCCAGAUUCAAAGAAAAUAUUGUUUUCCUGUAAAUAUGCUGGCUUUUUUUUAGUAUUAUAAUUAUACAUAGUACGUUUUUGUAUGUUGUGUUUUUUUCACUGAAUAUUAGUUGAAAACAUUCGAGCAGCUCUCAACUGUUCUGGUUUUCACUGCAGUUCAUGUUUGUUAUAGACAGUUUGUGACCAAUGAUUUUUUUCCAUGUUUUUUCCCCCUGAAUGAUUGAUGUCACACAGAAUCAGAUGAAUGGGUGGUAGACUUUGGUUUUUGUUGUUUUCUUUCAUUGAAAUAAAUCCACCAUUAAUGCA